AUGAGUUAUUUUAUUAUUUUUGUUAUUUUUUCCGGAGCUCUGUCUCUCGCAUCGGCAUGUUUGGGCAAAAAUAUCUUAAGGGCCGGAGUAAUAUCUUGUCAAGAUAAACAGACUAUAUUGGAUGAACACAAUCGAUUACGUCAGCUAAUAGCAUUAGGACAAGUCCAUGGGCAGCCUCCAGCAGCAAAUAUGAUGGAAAUGAUUUGGGAUGAUGAGUUAGCGGCGACAGCACAAAAAUGGGCGGAAACAUGCUCGGAAUCUCAUGAUAAUAAUCGACAUGUUCGGAGAUUCACAGUAGGACAAAAUAUAGCCCGUACAUGGACAACAAGACCACCAGGACCUUACGAUGCAGAACCGAAUUGGCGAAGACAAAUUUCUGGUUGGUUCAAUGAAGUACAGUACUUCCACACAGGCUAUGGUCGUGAUACUGCACACUAUACUCAGAUCGUCUGGGCCGACACUUUCUUAGUCGGCUGUGGCUACACAUUUUUCUACGAUCCUGCAAGAGGAUACACCAAGAACUACGUUUGUAAUUACGGUCCCAGCGGGAACGUUCUUGGAUUCGCGCCAUACCAAUCUGGGCAGCCUUCAUGCACAGCUUAUGGGUUGUCUUUCUCUAACAGAUAUGCGGGACUCUGUUCUCGAGGAAAUUAUUACUACCUUGGUGCUUUAUGUGGUUAUGUUUAUUAG